AUGAAUACAGCACACGAUACUAAGUGCAAAUACGAUGACAGACCUAGUUCAGUAAAUGUAGAGUCAACAAAUGUAAUAGGUAAGCGUACAUUUAAAUUACCUCCAAUCGAGUUCAAGAAAUUUAAUGGAGAGUUAAAAGAUUGGCUUCCCUUUUGGUCUCAGUUCAAAGUAGUGCACGAUGAUCCAUCGAUUGAUUUACAUGAUAAAAUAGCUUAUUUGAGACAAGCCACUUUAGAAGGUAGUAAGGCCAGACGUUUAGUGGAGAGUUUUCCUGCAGUAGCCGAUAAUUACUCAAAAAUUAUUAAUAGUUUGAAGUCUAGGUUUGGCAGAGAGGAUCUCCAGAUUGAAGUAUACAUUAGGGAGCUCUUAAAGUUAAUUUUGAGUCGAGUUUCUAGUAGUUCUUGUAAUGUUUCUACACUUUAUGAUAUGAUAGAGAGCCAACUUCGUUCACUUGAGACCUUAGGCAUAUCUGCUGACAAGUAUGCGGCAAUAUUGUAUCCCCUUAUUGAGUCAUGUUUACCGGAGGAUAUGAUCAGACUAUGGCAUAGAUCUUCACAGUUUUUAAGGCCUUCUGCUUUCGUAUCCAUGCACAAUAUCGAUGAAGUUGCAGAAGUUACAACUUUAGAAACAAGAUUGAGUGGGCUAAUGAGUUUUUUACAAAGUGAGGUUCAAAAUGAACAAAAAAUUUAUUUAGCAACGGAAGGUUUUGGUUUAUCGAUUGAAAAUAAAAACAAAUCCAAUAACCUAGUUGAUAAAAAGAAUGCAAAAUUACCUAAGCAAGGAACUAAUCAGACCUUAGCGACCGCUGCUGGGUUAAUAAGUUAUGAGGUUUGCAGGUGUAUUUUUUGUGAAGGAUAG